AUCACCAACUUAACGCCCACGUUUGCUCUGUUCCACCUGAAUCCUAUUAGCAAACAGUGAGCAUCGCCUGUUUUUUUUCCAGCUCCCAUUCCUGUUGUACAACAGGUUUCACCUUUACGCUGACGCAGAGCUCCAGUUAACGGCGCUAUCGAAAGCAAAUGGAUAUUUUCUAGGCACCCCCUUUUACCAGAAACCCUUUUGGGAUUUGCAAACCAGCACCGGUGGGUUUACCUAUGCGCUGGAUUCUCCAACAUGUAAAUACCACCAGUCUGGAAGCUGCUGAAAUUCAGUGUCGAUCAAAAUACCAGCAGCUUCAGCAUGUUCCAGCAAAAUCCGCUGGCGGACCGAUCGCACGGACGGGAUCAGUAUGAUAGCUGACAACAUGGAUCUGCUGUGGAGGAUCUUCUCGGCUCUGAGCUUUGACUGCUUCAGACGUGAGUCGUGUACCGGGCAGAGGUCUCCCACAAAGUCAAGUCAGGCUGGCAGUGUAGAGAGCAGCUCCCUGAGUGGAAGCCUGUCUUUGGGCCCCGAUUUACUCCACUGCCAGUGUUGCAUCACCUAUGAUGCCCGACUGAGGCGCCUCUCCUGUGGGCAUCUCUAUUGCGACGCCUGCAUUGACCGCAUCGUCAACCUGGCCUUCGAGGACAUCGAGGGUCUCUCCGACUACCCUUGUCCCAUGUGCAAGUCCAUCCGCCAGCUCGGUGACCUGCUGCACGUCCCAGACGCCCUCAGCACCCCAGUCUGCGUCCCGUUUUGGAAUCUGCAGCGACAGGUCGUCAAGGGGGAGGAAUGGAGGGGAAACUGAGGAUGGUUGAUGUUUCUGUGGGUCAUCCUAACAUUUACAAGGCUAGUCCAUCAACUGUUUAAACUGAGGUUUGGACUUCUCGGUAAUAAGUGAAAGACUGAUUUGGUAUAACGACCCAAAAUCAGGACGUCAAGUAUUUUCUGAAGCAAAAAACCAUUAUGGCAGUGUAUGUUUCACUAUAUAAAUAAACUGAAUUUGUGAACAGGUAACAGGUAAUGUGAUGUGUGUAUAUAUAGUGGACCACUGACUCCAGUCAAACUUAAUUAAGAUAGUAUGCGUCUACCAGUGUUUGGGUUUUUUUUAUUUUUAUUUUAAGAUAAACACUUCAUAGUGAGAAUUUCAAAAGAGGAUAUCUGGGUGACCAUGACUGGAAAUUCAACAGAAUGCUAAUCUUGUUUGGAUCUUCACCUGUGAGAGAUAAAUAUACAUUUACUAAGCUUAUUGUACAGUGAUUUGGUAUUCUAGUAUGUUCUCUUCAGUGUGUGUGUGUGUGUGUGUGUGUGUGUCAAUUCAAACUGAUCAGAUUUCCUGUUGGGCAGGAGCUAUUUCAGAAGUGUAAAUCAUAAAGGUUCAAGCUAUCGCAAUGGCAAUGAAUGUUUGAGCUGUUUCCAUAGUAACUUUUAUAAGGUGUAAUAUGUGACAAGUUUUAAAAUUGUUCAUUUUAACUGCUCACUUCAGUGUUCAGUAGUGCUAAUAUCAAGCUAUUUCAAAUGACAGACAAUGCUGUAAAUAUAUUUAUUUUCAAUAAAAAAUAAAACACA